AUGCCUAAAAAAGAACAAACGUCAGCACCGGGUGGUAAUGGAAGAAGUUUGAUUGCUACUAGAACAAAUCAGCAACAGCAACGUAAAAUGCAGGGACCUCGAAGUCAUCUACCAAGAAGCUAUUCUUCACCAGCUACGGCGAAAGAUGAAAGUCCCGAAAAUGCGUCCAAAGCUUUUGUAUUGCGGAGUUUUUCUUCCCCCGAACCCAAUAAAACUGAUAAAGAAAGUCAAAGAAGUGCCGAAUCUCUUUCUAGAACAAAUCCAAAUGAAUCUCAAAGUGAAUUGGACAUCGAUUUAGAUAAUUUUGAACAAUUUGAGGAAGGCUUAAAAGAUAUAGAUGCUGAAAAUUGUGAUUUUUAUAAUCGAUAUCGUAAUAACCCUGAGAUUGAGCAGCCGAAACGUAUCCUGACUACAAUGCUUCCAGGCAGUGGUCUACAGAAAGUCGCAUUGAGACCAGUUACAAAUGAAAUUGGGACGGUAUCAGCAAUGAAGCAGCCGAAGAAAGAAAACAAAAGACUAUCCCGCCUGAGUUUCCGCCCUCUCAUCAUAAAGAUGCCAAGUCAGAUUACAGCUCAGCCCGAGUGCGAAUCUAUUCCUGGAUUGGAGGAAUUGCAAACCUCCCCGCAGUUUGAUAUAGAAACAGAUGUACUGGAUCACGAAUUCGAUAAUGCUGAGGAACACUUGAAAAGGGAGAUAGCAAUAGCUGCUGCUGAAACUGACGUUGAUAUGGUAUGA